CAGACUCGUCCAUUCUAGGUCGCCUCUAGAACCACCAUGAUAGCCAACGAUCCAAUGGACUUAGUGGCCUUGAAAUAGCAUCUGAGAUUGCAGAUCAUCUCCUGGCAGGAAUAGACACGACACCAGACUCUCUCAUGUUUCUCAUCUGGUCACUUUCACAACCGCAGAAUGCCAGAUACCAGGAUAAGCUCAUACAGGAAUUGAGAGAGCUACCUUCUGACUCGCUCAAUGAGCAUGGCCUACCAAGACUUGAUGUAUCCGAUAAAUGUUCCUAUCUCGAUGCUGUCAUAAAGGAGACGCUUCGACUCUACGCACCAUUGCCAGCGACGGAGCCACGAUCAGCACUUACCAACACAAUCAUUGAUAGCUUUCAAAUACCUGCCAAUACUGUGGCCGGAAUGCCUCCCUACGUCCUUCAUCGAAAUCCUACAAUAUUUUAAGGGCCUUUGAAAUUUGACCCAGAUCGGUGGUUUGGCCCAGCCGAUUCCGUAGCAGAAAUGAAGAAAUGGUGGUGGGCAUUCUCCAGCGGAGGACGGAUGUGCAUCGGC